CUGCAGGAAGGCCCACAGGCAGGAAGAGCUCCGAGCUCUGUGCCGGAGGGAAGAACCCUGGGCUCAGGGCUCCCUGUGUCUGUCUCCCCAGAUGCCUCAGCUGUGGACAUGGACCUGUAUGAGGCCCAGACACUGGCAGAUGCCCUGAAGUGGUACCUCCAGGAGCUCCCCACACCCCUGAUCCCUCCAGCUCUCUACAGUGACUUGGUCCACAUGGCUCAAGAGACCCCAGGCCUGGAGGAAUGUGGCCAGCGAGCCAGAGCCCUGCUGGCCCCCCCAGCCCUGCCACAGCCACAGGCACUGCUCCUGCGCCAGCUCGCCCGCCACUUCUGUCGCCUCUGCCAGGGCAGCCACCGCAGCCGCCUCUCACCCCGGCUCCUCGGGGAGCUCUUCGGGGAGCUGCUGCUGCACCCUGUGGCAGCCAGCAUCGAGGCAGGCCCUGAGCUCCGUGCAAGGAUCCUCGAGUCCUUCAUCAUGGCCAGCGAGGUGGCAGAGCUGCCAGCAGCUCCUGAGCUGCUGGUGUGGGUUAAAAAUAGCCGUGAGAAAGCCCAACCAAAACCCCGAGUGGAGAGCAGCAUGAAGAAGCCAUGGCUGAGUGGUCCCCUGUGCCGAAACACCUCGUUCUGCCUCCCCAAAUCUGCAAAUAAUACAGAGAAAACAAACUGA